GCUGAGUCGAUUUUGAUUAAUGUAGAAACCACUUUAUUUAGAGAUGGUUAUCAGUUAACCAUUUUUAGCUUACAAAUUACAUUACUCUUAAAUGGUAUAACAUGUAAAUCGCAUCACAUUUGCUUAGACUAAGGAUGGCUUAUUGGUUUUAGACAAUUUUUACCAUCGUUGGAUGUAAAUGUAUGUAAAACAAACAAAGAAAAGAAUAUGCAGUCUCAAGGACAGAGUCAACAAUUAUCGCAGCCACAAUCCGCGGCCCAUACAUCAUUACAACAAAAUACAAACGCAACUGGAAAUAAUAUAGUCGGAAAGCAAAAUGAUCUUCAACCUCUUUCAUCUAUUGGUUUACUCGAGUUGGCUCACAGAGAAUACCAAGCUGUUGACUAUGAAAGUGCAGAAAAACAUUGCAUGCAAUUAUGGCGUCAAGAUAGUACAAACACUGGAGUCCUAUUAUUGUUGUCAUCUAUUCAUUUUCAGUGUAGGAGACUUGAUAAGUCAGCACAAUUCUCAACACUAGCAAUUAAACAAAACCCGUUGUUGGCCGAAGCGUAUAGUAAUUUAGGAAAUGUGUAUAAAGAGCGUGGCCAAUUGCAAGAAGCUCUAGACAACUAUCGCAGAGCUGUACGCUUAAAACCUGACUUUAUUGAUGGAUACAUAAAUUUGGCUGCUGCAUUAGUAGCUGCGCGUGACAUGGAGUCUGCUGUUCAAGCAUAUAUUACAGCAUUACAAUACAAUCCAGAGCUAUACUGUGUGCGAAGUGAUCUUGGAAAUCUGCUUAAGGCCUUAGGUCGUCUGGAAGAAGCCAAAGCCUGUUACCUGAAAGCAAUUGAAACAUGUCCGGGCUUCGCAGUUGCAUGGAGUAAUUUAGGAUGCGUAUUCAACGCUCAAGGAGAAAUUUGGUUGGCAAUACAUCAUUUCGAAAAAGCUGUUACUCUUGAUCCCAACUUUUUGGAUGCAUACAUAAAUUUGGGAAAUGUUCUAAAGGAGGCAAGAAUUUUUGAUAGAGCUGUCGCUGCCUAUUUACGUGCUUUAAACCUAUCCCCAAACAAUGCUGUUGUUCAUGGAAAUUUAGCAUGUGUUUACUAUGAACAAGGUCUUAUUGAUUUGGCUAUCGACACAUAUAGGAAGGCGAUUGAGCUGCAGCCAAAUUUUCCCGAUGCAUAUUGCAAUCUUGCAAACGCUCUUAAAGAGAAAGGGCAGGUGAAAGAAGCUGAGGAUUGCUAUAACACUGCCUUAAGACUGUGUUCAAAUCAUGCAGAUUCACUUAAUAAUUUAGCUAACAUAAAAAGAGAGCAAGGAUAUAUUGAAGAAGCUACUAGACUCUAUUUGAAAGCUUUGGAAGUGUUUCCAGAUUUUGCUGCUGCCCAUUCAAACCUAGCAUCUGUUUUGCAGCAGCAAGGAAAACUAAAAGAAGCACUAAUGCAUUAUAAGGAAGCUAUCCGAAUCCAGCCCACAUUUGCGGAUGCAUAUUCAAAUAUGGGAAAUACUCUUAAAGAAUUACAAGACGUGAGCGGUGCACUUCAAUGCUACACCAGAGCAAUUCAAAUUAACCCAGCAUUUGCUGAUGCGCACAGUAAUUUGGCAAGCAUACACAAAGAUUCCGGAAAUAUUCCCGAAGCAAUUCAAUCUUAUCGAACCGCUCUGAAGCUAAAACCAGAUUUUCCUGAUGCAUAUUGUAAUUUGGCUCACUGUUUGCAAAUUGUCUGUGAUUGGUCUGACUAUGAAAUCCGAAUGAAAAAAUUAGUUAGUAUAGUUGCCGAGCAGCUUCAAAAAAACCGUUUACCCUCAGUGCAUCCACAUCACUCAAUGCUUUAUCCUUUGUCACAUGACUAUCGUAAAUCAAUUGCAGCGCGGCAUGCUAAUUUGUGCUUAGAAAAAGUCCAUGUGCUACAUAAAAAUCCGUAUAAUUUUUUAAAGAAAUUGCCAGCUUCUGGAAGGCUACGCAUAGGUUAUCUAAGCUCGGAUUUUGGAAAUCACCCAACGUCACAUUUAAUGCAAUCUGUGCCAGGUCUCCAUGAUCGUUCAAAGGUAGAGAUUUUUUGUUAUGCUUUAAGUCCAGAUGAUGGUACAACAUUUCGUUACAAAAUUAGUCGAGAAUCAGAAAACUUUGUGGAUCUAUCACAAAUUCCGUGUAAUGGAAAAGCAGCAGAUAAAAUAUUUCAUGACGGUAUACACAUUUUGGUUAAUAUGAAUGGUUACACGAAGGGCGCGAGGAAUGAAAUAUUUGCUCUUCGUCCUGCUCCAAUACAAGUAAUGUGGUUAGGCUAUCCCGGUACUAGUGGGGCAAGUUUCAUGGAUUAUAUUAUUACUGAUUCUGUAACUAGUCCAAUGGAAUUGGCUUACCAAUACAGCGAAAAAUUGUGUUAUAUGCCUCAUACAUAUUUUAUUGGUGACCAUAAGCAAAUGUUUCCACAUUUAAAGGAACGUAUAGUAGUGUGUGACAAACAGCAAUCUUCUGUUGUUGAUAAUGUAACGGUUAUAAAUGCCACAGAUUUAUCACCUCUUGUUGAAAAUACAGAUGUAAAGGAGAUUAAGGAAGUUGUUCACGCACAAAACCCAGUCGAAAUAACUCAUAAAGUCGCAGAAUUGCCGAACACAACACAAAUAGUAUCCAUGAUAGCGUCUGGUGAAGUUCAAACUUCUCUAAAUGGUGUUGUUGUUCAAAACGGCUUGGCUACUACACAAACAAACAAUAAAACCGCUACCGGUGAAGAAGUACCACAAAAUAUUGUUAUAACCACUCGUCGUCAAUAUAUGUUACCACAUGACGCUAUUGUAUACUGUAAUUUUAAUCAGCUAUACAAAAUUGAUCCACUGACACUUGAAUCUUGGAUAGAAAUUUUAAAAAAUGUGCCCAAGUCAGUUUUGUGGCUAUUAAGAUUUCCAGCAGUUGGUGAACAAAAUAUUAAAAAAACUGUCACUGAUUUCGGAAUAUCUCCUGAUAGAGUAAUAUUUUCCAAUGUAGCUGCUAAAGAAGAACACGUACGCCGAGGCCAAUUAGCAGAUAUAUGUCUUGACACUCCACUAUGCAAUGGUCACACUACAUCUAUGGACGUCUUAUGGACGGGUACUCCUGUGGUAACUUUACCAGGAGAGACGUUAGCCUCAAGAGUUGCUGCCUCUCAGCUUGCUACUCUAGGAUGUCCAGAGUUGAUAGCGCGUACAAGGGAAGAAUACCAAAAUAUUGCUAUACGUCUAGGCACAAAUAAAGAAUAUUUAAAAGCUUUACGAGCAAAGGUAUGGAAAGCUCGCGUGGAAAGUCCCCUCUUUGAUUGCUCACAGUAUGCCAAAGGAUUAGAAAAAUUAUUUUUGCGAAUGUGGGAAAAGUUUGAAAACGGUGAACUACCCGAUCAUAUUUCUGCGGUAUAAGAAUAUAAUGUACUGCUUAGAUUUGAAUCAUAAGCUAUUCAUAUAAUUUUAACAUAACAGAAUUUUGUAUAAUCUACACAUGUGUUAUAUAACCUAAUUUUUAUGCGUUAAAAGCCAGCAAAACUGCAUACCCAAUUUCUUUCAGGAAGACCUACUAUAAAGAUGUUACUUUUUAUGAGAAAUAAAUACAUAUAUGUAAAUGAAAAGUAAAA